ACAUAGGCGCGACCUCGACCUUAAUCAGUCACCGCUCAGGUAUUCAAACACUAUCGGGGACAGGGGACACAGCUGACUAUGUACGGGCACUUGCUACUGGGAGCAGUGCUGCUCUCGCUAGCUUCCUUCGGGGCAGGGCAGAUGGAGAACAAUUGUUUGGUGGAGAACACACAGGGAUGCCGACUUGCAAGGCCGCCUAUUUACAUGAUCCUGGCACCAAAGAGGGUGAGACCCAAUCAGGUGAUCCAGAUAUUUGCAACCAUCCUGAAGCUAGAGUAUACACACGUCAAUAUCCGGAUAUCCAUCGUCAAGGAGAACAUCGAAUAUGCCGGAACGGUGAUGAAGUUUGACAGACCAUCCAGCAGGAUAAUGCAGCUACAGAUGCCACAGAAUGCACAGGCCGGGCAGUACAGACUGAGACUGGAGGGAACUCUCAAUGGCGGCACAAGUGGUUACAUCUUCCGCAACGAGACUGACAUCGAGUUUGACACCAAACAAGCCUCUAUCUUCAUCCAGAUGAGCAAGCCAAUUUACAGACAGGGACAGACAGUUCAAUUUCGAGUGGUUCCUAUUCUACCCAACCUGAUGCCCAAAUAUGGAAGUAUGACUAUAUACGUUGAGGAUCCAACAGGAAUUCCUGUGAGGAGAUGGCUGGGUUUGCAGACAAAUGCAGGAGGUCUUGUAAGUCAAAGCUUUGAUCUUGCUGACCAGCCAAACUAUGGAAAUUGGAGCAUCAGAGUUGAUGCCUUUGGACACACAUACAGGAAACCAUUUGUGGUGGAAGAAUUUUGGGAGCCUCGAUUUGACGUGAAUGUCUCAGUUCCCCCCUACAUCAUGGACAAUAUCCAGAUCUUCCAGGGUGUCGUACUGGCCAAUCAGACGAGCGGUCGUCCUGUGAUCGGCAAUGCCUCUAUCACGCUCACAUUCAAACCCAAGCCGAUACCGGGAAUUGACUACGGCAACAAAUUCCCCUACAUUUUCAGGUUUAUUGAAUAUCAUCUCGGUCGUAUUGAUUUCAAAUUCACCAUCGAGGAAAUUCGACAACUGGCGGACAGAAUCAUACCUGGCCAGAAUUUAGUUGACUGCGAGCUGGAAAUGAGCGUCAACGUCUCAGAUUGGCAUUCUGGUUUGAACCGGACAGGGGUUGCCAGCACCAUCAUCUUCAACAGCAACGUAAAGCUGAAGUGGGUCGGGGACCACGUACGGACGUUCAAGCCCAACUCCAUCAUUAAAAUAGAUGUUGCGGUGAUGAAGUAUGAUGGGACUCCAGUGGAUACAGCCAAUAAGAUCGUGCGACUGUACUCCUCCAUGUCCAACUCGGGUCCCGCGACCCCGCGAUACGAUCAGCCAGUGGACAAGUCGCCUGUGGGAGGCAUCGUGGAGUUUGAGGUGUAUGCAGACACAGAGGUUCAGGGCAUGAUGCUGGAGGCUGAAUAUGACAAUGAUCCUACAACUCGUAUCCAACUCCGUGGAACGCGAUUCUUCUCUCGAAGCCAGAGCUACAUCACCGUCACAACCUCAACAGACAACCCGAAGGUCAAUGAGUACAUGAUCUUCCAUGUGAAGACCAGCAACUUUAUUCCAAGGAUCUUCUACCAGGUGGUGUCGGGAGGGAACAUCAUCAUUGGUGAUGAGCUGGAGAUGACUUCAAGGCAGAAGACGUUUGCCAUAGCGUUGUCCCGGGAGAUGAUCCCCACGGCAAGGAUGGUAGUGUACUAUCUCAGACAACCGGAGGAGAUCGUCAUCGACGUCCUCAACUUCUUCGUUAAUGGAACCAGACAGAAUCAGGUCAAACUAGAAAUCAACCGAGGCAAGGACUUCAGCCGUGACAGUAUAGAGUUUAACGCUUGGGCAGACCCUGGCUCCUACGUUGCCUUCGCAGGCAUGCCUGUUGACUUGUACAAUCGGGGAAUGGAUGACGGCAUCAGUGAAAAAAAUCUGAUCGAUGAGCUGGACACGUAUGACCAGCCAGCCAAUGGCAGCUACCGCCAUCUGUGGAGGAUCAGCGACACAGAGUACGAGUACAAGUUCUUCCAUGCCUCUGACUAUGGCAUAGACACCAACACAACGUUCAAGACCUCCGGCCUCAUCAUUCUGACAGAUGCUGAUGUUGGAAGACUCAACAAUGUGCAGAGCUGCGAGGAUUCGCAACAGUUACCAUGUUUCUCGGGGGAGGCCUGUUACACUGUGGAGGAAAUGUGUGACAGGGUCUUCAAAUGUCCUGAUGGCGCGGACGAGCAGGGAUGCCAGUAUGAAGAUAAUCAACUACGUCAUGCAUCUGCCAUGGACAGAGUGAGCAGAAUUAUGCGAUUCUAUGACAACAGCUCCUGGGCUUGGCAGGAAAUCUUUGUUAAACCUGAUGGCCGUGUAGAUUUCCGUGUUGAUGUUCCAAAGUACCCAUUGUCAUGGGUGAUAAACGGCCUGUCUGUCAGCAGAGAACUCGGCCUUGGAAUCAUGCAGAGACCAGUCUUGUAUGACGCUGCCAGGUAUAUGUACAUCCAAGUAGAAGCACCUGUGACCAUCGUGAGAGGAGAGCAGAUUGGAGUCAGGGUCACUGUCUUCAACUACUGGUACAACGAUGACUACAUUGAGGUGCUUGUCACCAUGCAUGGCGGUCCAGACUAUGAGUUUGUGGUGGUGAAUGACAUGGGCAUCGUCAGCGCCUACAAGCCAACCACCCACAAGGGAGACCAUCAGACCAUUGUCUUUCUGGAGCCUGGGGAGUCAAAGGACAUCUACAUGCCGAUUGUGCCGACAAUAAUCAAGGGACAGUUCACUUUCCGUGUGAGCGCCUCCUGUUUCAUGGAGCGGGAUGAGGUCGUCAGGACGGUGCACCUACAGCCUGAUGGCGUGAUGAACUACUAUCACACCCCGUACCUCAUCGAUCUCAUCACCUACGCCUCCAUCAUCAUCCCCGACCUGGACGUUCCGGUGCCAGAACAGUUUGUUGUUCCCGAACAGCGAUACCACCUGUAUGUGCCUGGCUCAGCCGAGGGGCAUCUCAGUAUUUUCGGUGACGUGGUGACCCCUGGAUUCUUUGAGGACUAUCUGAAUGCUGAGAAUGUCUUGUGGCGUCCGUACGGGACCGGAGAGAACAUCGCCUUCAACUUCGCCUACAAUCUACUGACCUUGAGAUUCAUGAAGGCAAGCCAGCAGCUGAGUGAAGAGGCUCUCCAGAAAGCUCUCUACUACAUGAACAUAGUACUACAGAGACAGAUGGGAUACAUGAAUGAUGACGGGUCCUUCCGCAUGUUCCGAGAUGACCCCAAACCCAGUCUGUGGGUGACGGCGUUCGUGGCCAAGAGUUUGCAUCAGGGCAGGUUUGGAGAGUGGGAGCGUGACCUCUUCAUCCCUCUCGAGCUCAUCAAUAAGAUGGUGGUGUGGAUCUGUCGUCAGCAGAAUGAGACUGGUGCCUUCCAUCCAGAUUACUCUGUGGCAUACGACAGGAAAAUGGCUUCCGGUGACAAUAUCCUCAGCCAGAGAAUGUAUGACGACCCAAUAUCACUGACAGCGUACGUUCUCAUAGCUCUGUACGAAACUACAGAUGUUUCAGAGGAUGCACUGGCAUGCUUGGACUCAGCCAGAGCCAAUGCAGCGAACUACCUGGCCAAUAAAGUGAGUGCCAUCCCCUCCACGGCCACGUUCCAGCUGGCCAUCACAUCCUACGCCCUCUCCCUCAGCCAGGAGAAGAGUCGCACAGCCUUUGAUAAACUCUGGGCUACCAGGAGAUCAAGUACUGAUACCUACUUUUCCAAUGAUGAAGUGCCUCCCAACCCGUCAGAAAUUGUAAACACUGUUCGUUUCCUGAAGCCUCGCCAAGAACUUAGCAAUGAUGCCUACGCAGUGCAAUCGACAGCAUACGCUCUGAUGGCAUACAUCAACAACAAUGGCAUCAAGUUCGAAAGGGAUUCCAUGAUGCGCUGGCUCCAGACGAUGAGGAACAGCAUUGGAGGGUUUGCUUCUACACAGGAUACUCUGGUUGCCAUGGAAGCAUUGUUCCAGUUCACUCAAGUUGAUCCCAACAGAAAUGUCUUUGACAUGAUGGUGAAGUUAGAAUCUACUGCUUCCCCAAAUUGGGCUGAGAUCCGAUCCUUCACCAAGGCCAACUACACAAAACUGCAGAAUGCCUACCUUCCUAUUGUGUACGGUGCCAUGAAGAUCCUGGCCCAGGGCACAGGUCGUGCCCUAAUGCAGCUGACAACCACCGUGAAUGUUGAGUAUCCAAUCCUGCUGAAACCAACACAGGACGGAAUUAAGUUCUUUGACCUGAUGAUAGACUACAUCCAGUUCUCGGGAAGGAACGCCUCUAUCAUGGAGAUGUCUCCUUGUGUCAGCUGGGAGUACACAGAGAAGAGUCUCACCAGUGGUCUCGCUGUCCUGGAAAUCGACAUCCCCACUGGCUACAUCAUCAUGAACAACACUCUACGCGAAUACGUUCAAUCCGGCAUUGUGCCCAACCUGCGCCGAGCUGAGUUUUACAGCAGGAAAAUCGUCUUCUACUUUGAAUAUCUUGACCAGAGCAAGACCUGCGUAUACUUCCGAGCAGAUCGAUGGUACCCAGUGGCCAACGCCACCAUCCAACACCGCAUGAGGGUGUACGACUACUAUGAACCAGGAAUGCACAAUACAUCGAUGUAUACAACUUACAACAUCUUCACCAUGAACAUCUGUUUUGUGUGCGGUUCCUACCAAUGCCCGUACUGUCCCUCUUUCAACGUCGCUGCCGUCCUCCAAGCAAGCAUCUCCAUGACGACCGUCAUGCUUGGAUUCCUGAUAAGACGAUACUUGUUGCGGUGAUAAAACAACAAUUGAGUUGUAGCAGUAUCUAAAUGCUUGUUGAAGAAUCUGUUAAUAAUAGUAUUAGGAGAAUCUAUGUCAUUAGACAGUUGUUGAGGAAAUAUUGGAUACUUACCGAAAGGUAGUCUAGGCUUAACAAAAUAAAAGAAUUGGUUCUCAGCAUUGGGGGGAAGAAUUUUAAUUUUGUUUGCAAAUGUAUGUGAGCUUGAUGAAAUAAAAUGCUCAUGAAAAGUAAACUAAAUAGGUAUUGAUUGUAGAGAUGCCUUAAUCUCCCAUGAAAGAACAAGACACUCUUGUCCAGUAUUUCUUCAGAUUCUCAUUGAGGGAAAGUGAGUUACUAUUUUGGUGUCUUGGGAUAGGGAAGGGUGGGUUCAGUGAGGUGUUGUGUUCUGGGAGAAUCUACCCAUGAAAACAAACCACCUCCAUCCUCAUGUAGUUCUUCUUGCCGCCAGCUCUCUCUUAGACAACUAUAACAAUAAUUAUCAAGGAAAUGUCGUGCUUAAUAAAAAACCAACAUGUAUAAUUUCAACAUGAUUUUCAUGAUGUAGAUAUAGAAUCAUAUCAUGUGUGUAUAUAGAUAAUGAUUCAUGUUCAUUGUAUGAUAUUCAUGUGUACAUUGCAUAAGAAUUGUAAACAUCUAGCAGAAGGUGCUGAUUGGCUGGAAUGAAGAUUUAUGUAACAUGCGCAUUGACCCGACCUGAGGUUGUUUUCAUUCUGGCCUUGACAUUUUCAUCAUCAAUGGCUUUUUUAACUAGUAAGUGUAAGUUUUAAUAGUUUCGAAAGAAUGUUCAAUUAAAUGGUCAGUAUGUACAUUUCGUGUUAAAAGUCCUCCCCUGAGUGAUAAAACCUUUUGAAAAUCUUAUUUUAAUAAUUUGAUAUUGUUUUUAAAACAUGUUGAACGGCUCGUAUAAUUUGAUGCAAGAUUAAUCUCCCAAAUAUAUUACAUGUACUCAAAAAGAGUGACGGAUCCCCUGAUUCUUUCAUA